AUGGGGGAGGAGUCGGUGUCUGACCUGGAUGUGGAGAGUAAACUGACGGCACAUUACCGAGCCCCCUGGCACCAGCAGAGGAACAUCUUCCACCCCUCCACACGGCCAGCAUGUGUUGUAGACCUCCACAGGAGAGCCAACCUCAGCCUGUGGGCCCUGCAGCGAGAUCACCAGAGGAGACGAUCGGGCAGCAGGGAGCGGAGAGUCACCAUCUCCAUCUCCGCGGUGCCGCCGAUGCCCAUGUACCCCCCCACACACAUCGUCCAGAGGGACGCAAACUUGGAAACGUUUGAAUCCACCCGCUCCUCCUCCCCCACCGAAUGUUGCCGUUUCCCCUGGAGCAGAAAGGCUGUGUCCUCUGACCCCGACUCUGACGGGGUGGCUUUAGGUCACCGGCACAAGUCUCCCAUCCCUAACACCCCCACCACGCUGGACAAGCAGACUAACUGGUCUAAAGCUCUGCCGCUGCCCACCCCCGAGGAGAGAAUGAAAACCAACUCACAAGUCAUCUCCUCAUGUGUCAUCCCCAUUAAUGUGACUGGCGUCGGCUUUGACAGAGAUGCUAGUGUGCGCUGCUCGCUGGUUCACUCGCAGUCUGUGCUUCAGAGGAGGAGGAAGCUGAGGAGACGGAGGACGGUCACCGGCGUUCCCCGACAGGUGCAGCAGGAUUUAGACUCCGACGACUCUCCAGGUUCCAGAGAGCGGACCGUGAUAGUUCACUCCAGUCCCAACGUCGCUCCCUCCAACGAGCAGCUAGCCGGCCAUCUCAGCACCAGAGACUCGGGCUGCCAGACAGAAGACUGUUUGAUCUCCGGAGCGCCAUCUCGGAGGAGGAUCAGGGCGCAGAGAGGCCAGGGAGUCUCCCUCUCGCUCUCCCACUCUGCAGGAAACAUCCUGUGCCUGCCGGACAGCGCCAUGUUCUCCGCCUCUGUGGGCGCACGCCUGCGCUCCCGCAGCCUUCCCCGAGACGGGAGCCGGAUGAUCGACAACGGGCAGAACGACAGCGACGACGAGGAGGAGCUCUCCCCCUUCGACGCUGAGGACUUCCUGCCUGGACCUGGGGAGCUGAUUCUGAAAGAUGAAGAAGAGAGCAUGGACGACCGGGCCAUGUUGGCGCACCAGAGUCCGGAGCACAGCUGGAUGCAGAGCUGCAGGUCGCCCAGGAAGACCCUCAUGGGCAGCUGCGAGAUCUCCUCCAGCUCCGACACCUUCAGCAGCCCCGUGCACUCCGUCUCUGCUGCAGGCGUGCUGGGGGGCCAGCUGGACCACAAGGACGACCACCAGUCCUCCAGCGGGAACUGGAGCGGGAGCAGCUCCACCUGCCCGUCACAGACGUCAGAAACAAUCCCCCCCGCAGCCUCCCCCCUGCUGACGGGCUCCUCGCACUGCGACUCUGAGCUCUCGCUCAACGCCGCCACUCACAUCAGCGACGAGCACGCCGGCUUCAUGCUGGACCACUACCAGGGUCUCAGGACGCAGCGCGCAGGCUCCUUCUCCUCCACAGCUAUGGACUUAUUAGAGGAAGCGGGGGUCAGCUCUCCCAUCGAGGGGGAGUGGAGUUACCCCCACACGGACCCUGAGCCCAGCAGGGAGGCUGAGAGCAGCCUGGGCUGCCCCAGCUUCACCAGCAUGGCCACCUGUGAGAGCAGCUUCUCCGACAAGCCGCCGUCGGAGAAAGCUGACACGGUCUCUCAUUACUCCGUAGACACUGAAGGCUACUACACCUCAAUGCACUUUGACUGCGGUAUCGAAGGGAGCAGAAGCUUCACCUAUAACUAUGCAGCCCCCGGCUCUGACUACGGCCUGGCUGACUUCAGUGGUCACAUGACUCUGGGGAGGCGCUGCCUCUCUCUGAGGAAACCAAAGGCGAGGCCAUGUCCGCCGAAGAGGAGUUCAUCCUUAAGAAAGAUAUGCAGUGAGGGACACAUCCCCGACAACACAGAACCAAAGAGUAUGUGUCCUCUGUCUUCCAAGGAGAGGAGGCUGCAGCUGGUGCUGUCUGCAGGACUGGACAGCUCUCCUCUGGUGGGGUGGGGCGUGGAGGGUUCCGCUGACCUGCCCGACUUGGGCGUGUUCAGCUCCACACACGCACAUUCGUUUAAAGACGAGGGGGUUGUACAGUCGGACUAUGCAGAUCUGUGGCUCCUGAACGAUUUGAAAUCCAGCGAUCCGUACCGCUCUUUGUCAAACUCGAGCACGGCGACGGGUACGACUGUUAUCGAGUGCAUCAAGUCGCAGGAGAGCUCCGAGUCCCAGACGUCCCAGUCUGGCUCCAGAGCCACCACCCCCUCCAUGCCGUCAGUGGACGGAGACUUCAAGCUAACGUCUCCAGAGAAGCUAGCGGGCCUGGCCAGCCCCUCCAGCGGCUACUCCAGUCAGUCAGAAACCCCCACCUCCUCAUUCCCCUCCGCCUUCUUUCCUGGACCGCUGUCACCGUCCAGCGGCAAGAGGAAGCCCAAAGUCCCGGAGAGGAAGUCGUCUCUGUCGUCGCUGUCGUCGCUGCAGUCGCUCUCCUGCAGGGACGGAGCCCCCUGGGGAGCCCCCAGGAGAGACCUGGAGCUGCCAAUAAUCCCCCCGUCCCACCUCGACCUAAGUGCCCUUCACAGUGUCUGCAACAAGGCUGCAGCUCACGGGCCCCAAAUACACAUCCUCCAGCAAAACAAGCAACGCGCUCAGUCCGAGGAGUUCACCCCUCGUCCCAUGUGCAUCACACCCACAGUGCUGCACUCGGUACAGCUCCGCUCCUUCAGCAAGGAGCCUGAAGGAAGCCACGAGGACAAAACCACGUCCACACUCAAGUGCCCCCCUGUGGACUUAAGGAGCACACGCUCCUGCACAGAAUCUAAGGAGCUGCACAGCUCACAGCACACACUGCUGAAGGGCUUGCGUGAGUCGGUGUUUACCUCAAAUGAAGAGCUUGCAGACGAAGAAGCAGCGUGUGAGAGUGAGGCGAGGGACCAGCAGGACAGAGAGGCUCCUGCAGAGAGCGAGCCGGCGUCAGACGUCAGGCAUGAAGGAGAGACGUGCAGAGAGUCAGUAGGAACGUCUGUCUGCUCUGAAGACUGCAGCUCGCAGUCAGAGCUCAUACAGCAAAGAGCUGAGCAGAGUGAAGAAGAAGAAGAAGAAGAAGAAGAAGAAGAAGAAGAAGAAGCAGGUCCUCCUCUCUCUGCUCUGCACAGUUCACCCAGGAGAUCCUACAGUCUUGAUAAAGUGCCUGAUACUGACGGCCAAUCAGAGGCGCCGCAAGAGAGUUCAAUCAGCGAAGAAGAGAGCAGAGAAGAACAGGAGUCGUCAGGAGCCUCUCAGGAAGGCAGGGAGGAGUCUGCAGCAGAGGCCGAGGAUGACUUCAGUAAAGACUCCACCGAGGACCCUGCAGAGUCGUCUCUGAGCGAAGAGUCCAAGCCGGAAGACGACAGCGUGUUUCUGUCCCCCAGCAAAGCUCGCACCACCGAGGAUCUGUUCGCUAUGAUACACAGGUCCAAGAGGAAAGUGUUGGGCCGGAAGGACUCAGCUGAGCUGACCGCGAGGAGCCGGCUCGGUGCUGCUUCGGGGAACACUCCACCCAGCAGCACCGUGAGCUCCCCGGUCUCACUGGUGUCCCCCCCGCCUGCCGCCGGGACCCCGCCGGGCCUGCACCGAGCCUCCGGGGCCAUCCUCAGGAACGCCAAGAAGUCCAGCACCUCCAACGAGGAGUUCAAACUGCUGCUGCUGAAGAAGGGCAGCCGCUCAGAGUCCAGUUACCGCAUGUCAGCGACGGAGAUCCUCCGGAGCCCCGUCGCUCCUAAGUCUCCCGCAGAUUCCCUGCUGGAGUCCCCCCGGCAGCCCGAGGACGCCGCCUCUCCCCUGCAGCAGCCGGAGCAGCUGUGCAACCCCUACCCCAGAGCCAACGCUGAGGGCUUCUCCCCCAGAUCCUUCUCCCCAUCUGCAGCCUCCAGGCAGGGCCGCUCCAGGAUCCCUCCGCCCGCCAGCAGCAGCCGAUACAGCGCGCGUAGCAGACUGUACCCCGCGCCCAUGCAGGCCAUCUCCGAGGGCGAGGCGGAGAACUCCGACGGGAGUCCUCACGACGACCGCUCGUCCCCGGGAUCCACGUAGGGAACCGGCGGAUUUAAUAUAAUAUAUUGAGGAGGUUGAUAGUGAACUUUAGGGAUGAACAUGUGGCUGAGUGUUAUAGAUGUCUCCUUUUGGUUAUUCUGUUGAUACAUUUUUACCUGUUUUCAAAAAUAUUUUAUACUCAAAGUUUGUCUAAGAAACAUCCUUAUGAUACGAACACCUUUAGUGUCAGAGAGCAGAUCAUUUAGCUUCUGAUGAUGAUGAUAAAAACAGGUUCUAAAGAAUCUUCAAGCCUUCCUUCAGCCCGACGAGCCUUCAUUAAUCUCAGUGUGUAAAGAUGCAUCAGGUGUAUUCUGUGAAUACUUAUGCAAUUAAACACAAUUCUUACAAGUUAUACAAACACUUGUGAUAAUCCCGAACUCAUCUGGACAAACACUGUGACGAACAGCAGUGGGAAUCAAUGUGAAGCCUCAUAUUCUGUAUUUCACUUACUGUAAAUGAUAUUAAAGACACUAUUACAAUACUUUUAAAAUGCUCAUGCAAUAAGUAACGAGAGGCGACACAGACGAGCACUAACGUGACAAUCGGAGGAGCAGUGUGAGCACGUGAUCUGAAGGUGGGAGGAGGUGCAGGAGAUCUGCAGGGUGUGUGUGUGUGUGUGUGUGUUUAAAGACGUGUUUCUGGUUUGCUGACUCGUGUGUUUAUGAGUUGUUGGAGGAUGAAACUUGUUUUACUCAGUAAGUGGCAGCUUGGGCCUCGGCAUGUGGAGUGUUUCGUGGGAGUUUUGGGGUUUUGAGGUCGACGUAGGUUGAAGUGCAGCUGCAGAUGAAGCAUUUGCUGCUCUAUGUUCUCCCGUCAGAAUACAACCUGCCGUGGUGUCGCAUUAAUCUAAAUAUAUUUAUUUUUAUAACUGACGCUCCCUAACUUACACCUUUUAGAUCAUCUGAACUCUUUGGAUGCAAUGAAUCGCUGGUGAUAUUAAUAACGUAUUUUAUUCAGAUUUGUUUAUAAGAGACAUUUUUAAAUCUUAUAUCCGACGCUGCAGAGAGACAUAGGAAAGCAACUUUUGAAUUAAUGUCAGUAAAAGAUGGCACGAGAGGUCAUAAGCUAUGUGUGCCACAUAUUCACAUUAAUAUUAUUAUCUGUGGCAUUAUGUCCCUGUAGGCACACUGUAAAUAUCUCUUGAUUUUGGCCUUAAAGACGCUCCGUACAGAGUCACAUGACGCAGAACCUUCAUUCCAACCUGUUAUUUGAUGGUUUUGUUUAUUGCACUGAAGUUUGUGAAGUUCCACGUGUGUCUUGCUGUCCCUGGAGAUGUUUGGAGACGCUCCCUUGAAUAAUAUCCUCCGCACGCGUCGGGGCUCGAGCACGUGCGCGUGCCAACUGUUUCUCUUCUCGUUUACGUGACAAACAAAGCGAUCAGAAGAAGAAGAAACUUAAGGUACGACAUCAUCCCGUCUCAUCUGUUUGUACAAACCUGUAAAUACAAUAACUUGUCACAAAGGUUGUUGAAUUGUUUCUUAUGUAAAAAAAAAAAAAUGUUUUCAAAGUUUACAAUGAUUUCAAAGCUUUGUAUAUUUCUGAUCUGUGGAACACUUUGUCUUGUAUUUAUUUUUUAGUAAGCAUUGUGGAACCUCAUAGAACCCAUGAAAGCCUCGAGCUGAGAACAUGUGUAUCAGAAGAGAAUAAAUGUGACUGGAAAAUGAA